GGAAUUAUGCCUCUCAUUCCAGGUUCAUGAACCACCGAGUACCCGCCCACAAGAGGUACCAGCCCACUGAGUACGAGCAUGCAGCCAACUGUGCCACCCAUGCUCUCUGGAUCAUCCCCAGCAUCGUCGGCAGCUCCAACCUCUACUUCCUGUCUGACGACGACUGGGAGACCAUCUCUGCCUGGAUCUACGGCCUCGGCCUCUGUGGGCUUUUCGUGGUGUCCACCGUGUUCCACACCAUCUCCUGGAAGAAGAGCCAUCUCAGGUGCUAGCCCACGGGAGGGGCGUGGGCCGGGGCAGGGUGCCCAGGGCAGGGGG